CGUUUGUUCAAGGCACAGUUGGAAAUACAAAUGGGAUGGGAGUUUACUCUGUCCAAUGAUGUGAUUAUCUCUACAAAGCACACCGUGGUUUCACAGACCAUUUGCUCACCCCACAAGGACAUCAAAUCCACAAUGUUUCCUAUGCGUCUACUUCUACUGAUAUCUGGAACACUGGCUAUGAAUUGCUCAAAUUCAGAUGAUACCUUUUAUUUAAACACCACAACCGGGGAGAUUUCAAUGACAAUAAACCUGCCGAACAAGACUAUCACCAUCAACGAUAAAGCCGAGGAGGAUCUGAAAUGCUUUUGGUUCAUUGAAAGCUAUGUUGAGUGCACCUCAAUGAACUUGACCUCUAUUAACCUCACUGAGUGUCAGACGGUGCAGAUUUCUGUCGUCGAGAACUCAACCAGCAAGUUGAUCUUCAACAUAUCUUCCUCCAUGUGUGAGGUCACCAAGUGUACUGGGACAGCAAUCACUGCCCUGAUGAGAGAGACACAAGACCAUCCCAGUGAGGGUCCAAAGGAUCUUAAAAGGGUCCUGAACAUGCGAAAUAUGUGUGCAGACCUGUUCAAAAAUGAUUGGACCAUGAGGAUGAUGUUUAUUGGCAUUGAACGGGGCCUGAUACACAACAUGAUGAACAUCUCAAUCACCGGAGAGCCUGUGUACUACGACCUCAGGGAUCUGGCUCUGACUGUGUUCAACCUGGCCAACCUAACCAGUGCGGAUGACAAGAUGGUGAACAUAAAAGCCCCAGAGCUCCUCCCUGAGAACAACUCUUACAUUCCGGAAACAUGGAUCCCUAUUGAUGCACUCCAGAACAUCCCGGAGGAAAAUAGGAGAGUGGGCGUGGUCACCUAUAAAUCACCCAAUCAGUUCUUGGUUAAAGAGGAACUCGUGAGAACCAUGGCCAUACGGAUCGAGGUGGAUGGCGGCAGACAACUUGAGAACUUGAUCACUCCACUCAAGAUGAAGUUCAAAUUGCUUGACCCUAUAAUACCAGUGAAUUACAGCCUGUCGUGUCAAUAUUUCAAUGAAUAUGGGAACAUAAGCCUCCCAGAAACUGUCUUUUGGAAGACGGAUGGAUGCGUUACUAAGAUCAACGACAGCGUGGUCGAGUGCCUCUGUAACCACGCUACGCCGUUUGCCGUGCUGCUGAUCGCCGACCUAUCUAUUGACGGUGUGCACUGGCAGGUCUUGUCUUACAUCAGCUACAUUGGCUGUGGCUUGUCGGCCUUCUUCACCGCCAUAUCCUUCCUCACCUACGUCAUCACCACGAACUCCAGGGCGGACAACGCCAACAGCAUCCACGUGUCACUGAGCGGGGCUUUGUUCCUGCUCAACACCUCUUUCCUGCUCAACGAGUGGGGGGCCAGUCUGGGCAUCAGGGGCGUGUGUGUCUUCAUUGCGGCGGCCAUUCACUACAGCCUCCUCAGCUGUUUCACCUGGAUGGCCAUUGAAGCUGUCCACCUGUAUCUCCUCCUGGUCAAGGUGUUCAACACUUACUACCGACACUAUAUGGCCAAGCUGUCUGCCAUUGGCUGGGGACUCCCUGGUAUCGUUGUGGGAGUUUCAUUGGCGGUCAAGGAUAUCAAACCGCUAUAUGGACCUACGGAAAUGACUAUGGCAGACACUAACCAGACAAAUACAAUCUGCUGGAUCACGGACAUCCCCUUCUUCUACAGUAUGAACCUGGCCUACUUCACCAUCAUCUUUGUCCUUAACUCUGGCAUUCUGUUAACGGUGACCACCCGGAUCUGCCAGCUGCAGCGCUAUGGCAGUAAGGGCAAGCCUGGGAAGGCAAGCCUGGCCUGGAAGGACAUCGGCACCGUCCUGGGUCUGACCUGCCUGCUGGGCAUCACCUGGGGCCUGGCCUUCCUCAGCUACGGCUAUGUCAACCUUCCCAUCCUCUACCUGUUCAGCAUUUUCAACUCCCUUCAAGGAUUCUUUAUAUUCCUAUGGAUCUGUGGCACUGCCAGGAAAGACAGGGAGCGGGCGGCGAAUACCAAGAGCACAUCAGCAGCUCUGAACACCUCUACAGCCAAACCCAAGGAGGAGAUGUUCCCUGGCAACAACCCCUUACCAGUAAACAAUGUCUGUCCACAAUGGAGAUCACCCAUAUCUUCUUAGAUGGCAAGGGGAGUUUUGGCUUUUGUGUCUAAUGGCAUAUGCAUUGUCUCUUUCUUUCUCUUUCAAAUUGAGUUAUGGUUUCUACACCGGUUGUGUGCGUGUGAGUUCCUGUGCUGUGUGUUUUGGGCUUUUGUGGCUUUGUGGAUGGAGCAGAUGACUACGGGUCUCGUCCCGUGUGUUAAUCAUCGUGCGUGUGUGUUAUUUAUUCAAGGUACUCCUCGCUCUUUUGUUUGGGUUUCAACCCUGUGUCUUUGUUACGUGUUUGUUUGGUCUUCGUCCCGUGCCUUUACACGGCACGCCGUAAUUUGAGGCUGAAUAUAAAAAACUAUUACGCAUUCCUGCACCUGUCUCCCGAAUCCAUUUAUACCAACGUGACAUGCAUUUUCUUCUGUAUCAUUCCAAUGUAUUUAUUGGGAAAGUGCUUUGAGGGAAUCAUUUUACUUGAAGUGUACGUUGUUUAUGAUUAUCAACCUUCAUUAAAUAUCCGAUCUCAAGUUGCGGAACUGACUGGUGCAUAAUUAGUCAGUGGCAAACCAAAGGAUUUAAUUUCCUGCAUACCAUUUAGUUUCCUGCAUACCAUUUAGUUUCCUGCAUACCAUUUAGUUUCCUGCAUAAACUUUUUCACACCGCCUCAUCAUUAUUAGUUUCACAAUCAAUCACUUGAUUUUCUAACUCAACUAUGGAAAGUGUGUUGCAAUCUGGUAAUGUUUUCUACAUUUGAACUAAUAUCACUUCUGCAGAAAGUGUCUCACUGGGAGCAUUAGGUUCUCAACUGCACACACGAUUGCCCAUUUGCAUAUGAUUGUGAAACAGUGACAUCCUCUUUUCUAGCAAUUUUCUGGUGAGUGUCAGAAUGAGUCUUAGAGAUGCUGAGAAAUGAUUCUUGAUGAUUUUUCUUAAAUUGUAUGUGGAGACGUCUUAUGAACAGUAUGUUUUUCAAAUUUAUAUUGUCUAAUAAAUGUAAGUGUUGUAUUCAUUA